AUGAAAAAUCUCCUGUAUUUUUUUGUUAUUUCUCUAACAUGGAAUAAAGUGUUUGGGAUUUAUGGAGGCUGCAUGAGUUACAGCACAAGUCACACGGAGGUUCCCAGUCAGUUCCAGGUGAAAAUUUUUUUUCUAAAUGGGUGGAAACUUUCUCGAGGCCCGUGUUACAACUGCACAGAAGAUGACGAGGGACUUGAUGUAACAGCGCGACGAAAACAGUACAUAUUUGAUACAAAAGAUCCAGAAGCUUUUGGAAUGUGGUCAUUUGAAGAAGAAGCCAAAAGAAAUGAAAAUUUACCCGUUAAAAAUCUGACGCUAAAAGUCAACGAGAAAAUAAAAGAUGUUGUUCUUAUGGUCAACAAACACGAGGGUUGGGAAUUGGAGACCUCAGAGCUUAAUUUGCUUGUGAAUAUAAACACGAGAGAGAAACAUGGAUUUGAUGUCAUGUUUACCAGUUUAAACGAUGCUGAAUUGACCAACAUGGGUAACGGGAUCGAAGUUUUUCUACAAGUUAAAGUAGACCCGUAUAACCGGACAGAUACACACAGACCAAACAGCAGUCCUGUGGUCUUGGUUAAGCCCUAUUACAGUUUAGAACAUGGAAAGAUGCAUACGAUACACAUUCCAGCCGUUGAUAAUGAUGACGAUUCAACAAAGUGUGAAUUUUCUACCUUUAUCGAAGCUGGACAUUUUCAAACACUUGUCAAAGAACUUGAUCGUACAAAAGUCAUAAUGAUGAAUGAAAAGGUAGACUGUGUGUUUACUAUCAACCUUCAAAAUACACGAUUUAGUGAGGGCGAUACGUUCGCUCUUCCAGUCACAGUUAAGGACUACAGUAGAAGAUUCAUUGUGACGAGUGCGAAUUACCCCGCAUAUGAAUUACCAAUUGGAAGAGUUACUGUUUUGAUGUUUUUUAAAGUAACAGGACGGACGGAUCCACCUGACUUUAUAUCCCCAACACCGCCAAAUAACCAGGAGUAUACUGUAUAUGUUGGGGGAGAUUUUCAUGUCAGUGUCUAUGCAAAACCUAAAGACAGUGCUAGAACAAUUACGAAAUUCAACUUCCUGAGAAGAGAUGGUAUACAUGUGCAACAGACAGUGAUAAAGUAUGUUCCCGGAGAUCCAAAAACAGCUUACAUUUCAAUGAGAUGGUCUCCUGCAAACAGUGAUAUUGGGAAACAUAUCAUUUGUGCCAAUGCAGAGGAUAACAAGGGCGUAAGCACAGUUGAGUUGCAAUGCUUUAAAAUUGACGUAAAAGCCAGUGUGUUUCGACCAAAUCCCAUUGUACCGGGAAAGCCUUACUACGCAUCAUUUCCGAAACAACAAGACAUAUUGUGCCCCGUUGGUUCAUUUUGUAGGUUUCCUAUUUAUGCCGCAACUGAAAACACAGGAGGCAUUGACAGGAUUAUCAGUACAGACAGAAGUCAGGAAAAUGUGACAAUACAAUACAGCUCUGAUGUGAUUAAUGGAACAAUAGACACCAAGGUAGCACAAGUGGAGUUUUUAGCCUUGACACCUGGACCUCGACAAAUAUGUCUAAACGCCACUGAUCGAUUUGACUGGACCGUGAGAUGCCUCAUCGUAACGGUUGAUAGAAAAGACCCAUGUGAAUCAAAACCUUGUCAACACAAUGGCAUAUGUACAGCUUAUAAAGACAAAUCUGGUUUUAAAUGUACUUGCGGUGGAAGAUUUAAUGGUACAUUAUGUGAAAAAAAAAUAAAGAUCUGCAAACAAAAGCCUUGCGUUGGUACCAAUAACUGCAUAGACGUUGAGACGCCACCAUAUUUUAUUUGUACCCCAUGUCCACCAGGAAAGACAGGCGUAAGAUGUGACGUUGAUAUUGAUGUUUGUAAUCCAACCACUUGUGCUGAGAAUCAAAUUUGUGAACAGGAUCAACGUUUACAUCAAUGCCAUCAAGGAAAUGGACAGCAAUAUUGUCCAAGUACUUGUUCAAAGAGUAAAUCAUCAGUAUGUGUGAUGAACCAGUGCGUCAGAGCGUUAUGGCAACAACUUAAUGCGACAUGGAUUUCAAAUCAAACAUACUUAUCGAAAGACAAAAACCCGUAUUUCAUAGAACCGACACCUUCUAGUGGAUCAAUUAUUACAUGCGAUUUUUACGAAAGCAAUUGCGAAUUUCCAAUAUAUUUAAUUUCAAACAGCACUACUCCGAAGUUGUCUUUCUUCAUCGGGACAAAGGAAUUGAGCUCGUUUGAUCGAAAAAUAAGUUUUUCGCCAUUAAAAAUUAUUUCUGAUGGCAUUUUUCUAUCAAAAGCAACACUUUCCAAAUCACAAUUCAACGAUCCGAAACGUCAAGAAAUUGAUCUUUGUCUGAACGUAGCAAAAUUCACAUUACCUGAACAUAUAACAGAUAAACGAUGUUUCCACGUUGUAGAUAGGGGAGUUCCAUAUGUGCAACAAUCUCUUAAUCAUAGUUGCACUUUUGUAAAACCAACUCUUCCAAGAGAGUCAACUGUUGGAUGCAGAAAAGGACAAUCUUGCCAUUUUUAUCUGUAUUCUGAAAAAACGAGUGGAAGAUGCUCAAUGUUGACCACAAAUGACCCCUCUACCGGUAUAUUUGAUCCACAAAUCUCCUUGGGACUGUGUAGAUAUGAAGUAGCGUAUACCAACACGUCCACGGUUGGAAUUAAUAAAAUAUGCUUCCUGAUUUGUUCCAGAGGAGAAUCCAGAUGUUUCCAAAUGCACACCCACGACAUAGUUGAUCAAUGUGCAAAAGACCCGUGCUUGAAUAACGCUUACUGUCAGACUGAGUCGACAGGGGACUUCAGGUGUCAUUGUCGAGAGGGAUUCUGGGGAAAGCACUGUGAAAACGGAUUUUGUACCGAUCAAUCAUAUUGCCAAAACGACGCUGUUUGUUUCACAAGUAACGGAAAUCGAGGUUGUUUUUGUCGUCUGGGACUGGAAGGGUCUAAUUGUGCUUUGGAUAUUAAUCGAAAUCUAACAGACACAAUUGAAAACGGGGGACAUUUCACUCAUGUAGGUCUCAUCGAGAGCGUGACAUGUUACAUCAGUGAACCCUGUACUAUGCCGAUCAGCAUCACCCAAAAUACA